CGAACAUAAUAAUACCGACUCUCGCACAGCUUCAUUGGUAACGAUGACCAUGAUUUACCUUGACAUCAUCGCUGGCAUCAUCUCUAUCGCCCUGGCUGUACUUCUGCACUUGCGCAGGUCUCAGUCUUGGCAACUCUCUCUGCCCCCUGGUCCCAAGAAGCGAUUCCUUAUCGGGAAUCUCAAAGACAUGCCUACUUCGUUCGAGUGGGAGACGUAUCAUAGAUGGGGGAAAGAGCACGACUCCGAUAUCAUACAUCUCGACGUGGUUGGAACUUCCAUUAUUGUCCUCAACUCGUUGGAAGCUACUUCUGAUCUUCUCGAUAAACGAUCGUCAAUUUAUUCAAGCAGAGCUCAUCUCUCAAUGGUUAGAGAAUUGAUGGGAUGGGACUUUCUGGUAGGCCUCAUGCCCUACGGAAACGAUUGGCGUGCCCACCGCCGCCUUUGCCAGCAGACAUUGAACGCCAAAGCGGCAUUGCACUUCCAUCCUCAGGUGCUUGAUGCUACUCGCGAACUACUACGACGGUUAUUGGACAGGCCUGAAGACUUCAUGACCCACCUUCGUUAUAUGGCUGCCCGUGUCAUCAUGUCUAUAACGUACGGUAUUGAUAUCCUUCCAGAUGGAGACCCUUUCGUUGCCGUCGCAGAAGAUGCAAUGCACACUGUCGGGCUCGCUGUUGUACCGGGAACCUUCUUGGUGGACUUUCUACCGAUUUUGAAAUACGUACCAGAAUGGUUCCCGGGGGCUGGAUUCCAGCGGACAGCUAAAGAAUGGAAAGUAUUGGCUCGAAGGAUGGUCGACAUCCCAUAUGGCGAGACGAUCCGCCAAAUCGCUGAUGGUUCGUACAAACCGUCCUUCACUUCCUCCAAUUUGGAUAGGAUAGGUGCCGAGCAAGAUAUGGCAUGCCAACAACGGAUCAUCAAGAAUACUGCUGGAACUAUGUAUGCCGCUGGGUCGGACACGACCGUUUCUGCAUUCGCGACAUUUAUUCUUGGGGCACUGUUUAACCCGGAAGCACAAAGAAAAGGGCAAGCAGAGAUCGAUCGAGUUCUCCAUCAGGAAAGACUCCCCACAUUCGAUGACCAGGAAUCAAUGCCUUAUGUCACAGCAAUCGUCAAAGAAGUGUUGCGAUGGAAAAAUGUUACUCCCAUUGCGAUACCGCAUCUUCUCGAAAUAGAUGACGUCUAUAAAGGCUAUCGGCUUCCUGCUGGUUCUGUGGUUGUUCCCAACACAUGGGCAAUUCUUCACGAUGAGGUGGCGUAUCCGGAUCCUUUUUCCUUCAAUCCUGACCGAUUCAUGAAAAAUGGGAGACUGGAUCUUACAGUCAAAGAUCCCACCAUAGUAGCGUUUGGUUAUGGUCGAAGGAUAUGUCCAGGAAGGCAUUUGGCCUACGCAUCUGUAUGGAUUACUGUGGCUUCGAUACUUGCCGUCUUCGAUAUCACGAAAGCAGUCGAUGAAAAUGGCAUGAUUAUAGAACCGAGUGACAAAGUUUAUACAGGACUGGUUUGUCUACCGGAACCUUUCAAAUGUUCGAUCAAGCCUCGAUCGAAGGAGGCUGAAGACUACAUCCUAAGUUCCGAACAAUGACUAUUGGACCCGGCGACAUUUGUGUAUGAAUUCAUGGACUAAUGAAGUUUACCCUCCUUCUAUCCGUUUUUAUGCCAUCGUAAAUCGCUUAACCCCUGCAACCCUCCGGUGUUAUCCGUGCCAAUUUUCAACGUUAUCUCCGUGUGACGACAAAACUAGCCCAAUUAUGAGGCUCAAGACCAUCAACUAUUCUACACCGCGAAAUAGAAGGUCAGUUCAUAACACUCACCACUCCUGAAUGGACUUCGUUGGAAAUCCUCGGUGAUGCGCAGGGUAGACUCCAGGCUGGUAAGGCCAGAUGGAAUGAACUUCUUAUUCUACAGCUCCUACAGAGCUUGUAUUUAUACUCUCCAGGCUUAUAUCUAGAAUUUAC